AUGUUGGAAGGAAAGCCCAGUUUGUUAUUGGUGGUUCGAUUGACUGAAGGUGUCAAUAUAAAGGCAAUGAAUGGACUCGAUGAAUUCAAUCAAGAACAUCAUUUGGCAUCUGUGACAGCGGAAGUGAAUUACGACAAGGAAUUACAAAUAUUUAAAGAAGUAAUAUUUGAAAAUUUGAAACAAAAGGUGAAUAGUUUCUUCUUUCAAAAAAGCCUUAAUGCUGCUGUUGCUGAACAAUUGUGUUUUGAAAGACGAGUGGACAUUUGA